AGCCAAAAAUGCUGUAGCAGCGCCAGUCAGUUGUGACCCGUGUUUGAUCAAACAACACGUGUUUUCAGAGAAGAGAAGAAGGGGACAAAACACACUUUCCACGAGCGCACGGGAACUCCUAUUUCAGCUCUUUAACCCCCUCCCCCCCAACUCGCCGUCUCAUCCGCUGGAUGGCGGACAAAGGCACUCGAAGCAAAUCAAACUUUACUUCAGAGCAGAACACAGAAUCUUUUGCAGAGUACAUUUCUCACCUCGCGGUCGACCUCUCGCGAUUGCUGGCGGACCCUCGGCAGUACCCAGUGAUAGUAGUGCACGGCGACUCCUCCUCUUCUGUGGCACUGCUGUACCGCAUUCUCCCUAUCGUGGCGCUUCAUGCGUACUCUCCGCACGGCGGUAACGUCCGCGAUACGGAAGCGACAGAAUCGAAAACAACAGCGGAGGAAAACGAUGCGACGUUCCGCCCCUCCGUGGUGCGACUCGUAACACACGAAGGUGCCUUUCACACCCCGCAGGACUGCGCCGAUGGGGAGACGUUUGUGGACGUGCUGCCAGCGUUGCAUCACAGCGGAGAGCAUCCCUCCGCUGCCCCGGAGACGGCGACGGAGUACGACGCACCUGACGAGACCGUGAGGCCAGCAGGUCCGUCGACUGCGACGGCAGCGGACGAGAGCCGGCGCACAAGCACACAGGCGUUCACGGCGAAGUUUCUCCACUAUCUGCAGAGCAAAGAUCCUUUUGGCGCUGGUAAACGGUCCUCUCUUUCUGGUAACGGUGAGGCGACCGAGCUGCCGUCCACGUUGACAGGUCCCACAUCGCAGUGGGCGAAUGAUGAGGGCCCCACCAGUAUUGAGGGUAGCGCAGUGCACGACGGGGAAGAGAGUGUGCACUGGGUGGUGCCUCUGUGGCUCGGUGUUCACCCAUCUGAUCUGCACAACGUACUGAGGGAGUGGCGCACCGUCCUGUGCGGCUCAUUGAGGUACGAGACAGCCACAUUGGUGCUCUUUGUGAACACCGAAUUUGCCAGCGACUGGCUGGAAAUGGGCGCGCGUGCGAGUGCAACAUCGAGAAUGCGUCGGGGAAAGGGAGACUCGGUGUCCUCGAGCGGUUCGUGCGGCCCCAGCUCCGUCUACUGGAGAGAAUUCACGAGUGCGUCGAGGCUUGCUUAUUCGUUGCUUCGGGUGGCUCGAAACACUCCUUUACAGCAAAAGUUACGUGGAGUGACGGAGACGGGGGGCGUGUCAGUCGGGGCGAACGCGACGUCCGUGCAGCCAACAGGCCGUUACGUCCACGACGACUUACACGAAUUAAACACGAGUGACCUUUCCGGCGUGCGCUUACCGUGCCUUUCGUGCCGACGUGAUAUGGAGACAAGCUUUUCUUUUCGCGGGUCAAUCUUGAAGGGUAUCUUCCGCACUGUAAAGGAACUGACAUCCAGCGUGUAUUGGUGUUGUUUGGCGCGCAGCGCCAGCAAAGUCGAUCAAGUGAGAAGAAGAAAGCGUGCUCUUGCCGUUCACACGGCCGUGCUUUUUCCGAGCUGGCAAUGGCUCUUGCCUUGUGGAAGACCACAAGGACCCGCUCACGUACCAGCGGCUCUCCCGAUGUCCUCGCCGCCUCACACCGCUGCUGCUGCCGCCGCACCUAUCUUCCCGUACAUCCUCGUAAGCGAUGCAGCCGCGCAGGAUGCAGAAUUGAAGCGGGCGGUGCGGCGAAAUGCGAUCAACGCCGCCACUUUACGCCUCAUGAACGCAGCUGCAGGUGUAUGCCAGAACGUGAGGAACGACGCCGCUGCCGACCUCCUGCACCCGACGCCGCGCUACUACGCACCUUUUGUGGCAGACGGCGGUCCGCCGCUCACGUUGGACGGCUGCCUCGCUGACAUUUUCGUGCUCGAAUUUAUGCCGGACUGCGCGAGGGGCCGGGAGUGGGAAAGCUGGGCGAGUUGGCUGCAGCGCCAUCCGCCAAAUCAACACGCUGGCGUAUCCCAGCGAAGGCGCUACGAUGCGUCGUUGCGACUUGUUAAGGCGACGGAGGCUUUUGUGGCCACGCCGCUGCCAAACCGCGCCGUGACGACGGCUCUUUUGAAGGCCGUCAUGCGCCUCCUGUCGGACUUUGGGAAGGGUCGAGGUGUCAUGUCGUGGCCGCUGCUCGACGCACGCGAAGGCCACCGCCACCCCCGCGUUGCGUUCACCAUGACGUACGAGUUUUUCGCUCCUCCCUUUACAUACGCGGCACACAGUUAUGAAAGAGGAGGAGCUGCUGUUGCAGACGGUGCAAGCGUCGAAUCUCAGUUCAACUCGUCAACCAAUGGCUCACAUGUGAGCCCCAACACAGGACUCACCAUCACGCCCGUCACAAAGGUCGGCGCAUCUCACGGAGCGUCGUUCCCCACCGCGACUGUAGCUUCUGCGCCGCCCGCCACCCCUUGGUUGCCGUAUGAUCUCAGUCUUGUGCAUUCGGUAACGUCGCUCUUAGCACGCUUGCGUUCCUUCGGUUGGGUUCUCGUGUGGCAGGAGGAUCACCGACGCUGGCCGACAGCCGUCGCCCCACCUUGCAUGUAUGAGAAGGACUCGGCGAGCUUUUCGCACAACUUCCGUGGUGGCAGUACAGAGACGGCGGCAGGGUCAGGAACAGGUGAAGGACCGACAACAGCAAACGGACUCCCUGUCUCGUCCACUGCUCUGCAAAAACGGGUGUCUAGUUUGUUGGAGGAGUGGCGCCAAGAGCAGCGGCAGCGCCAUGACGUGCGUUACGACAUGGACCCUGCCACGCGUCCUUCCCGGCUAAGAGCUUUCUUUCCAGCGCUCGACCGCAUGCUGGCGGAGGACGCCACACUUUCUCAAAACCUCGAGCGUGGCCUGCACAGUCCCCUUUUUCCUUCUCCCUACACGAGCCUCGAUGUGUGGCAGGCGGCCAUGGUGCCGGAGGAGGCCGGCAUGUACCUUUGGGAAGGGCAAACGGUUUUCCUCGACAACGGGCAGUGUGGCACCAUUGUGGAUUUCAAGCCGCCUUCGCCGAAGCUGUUUUUGCCGUGGGCGUCGCAUCCAACGAAGGAGGAGCAGCGUCUAUGGCGCGCACAGCAGCAGCGGCACGCCGCCUUUCUUCGCUUCUACCGCUGGCGCCGCCGUCUGCACGCCAACAACGCGCCCUCCCGCCACCUCGCCGCUGCCUACACGGCGCUACCCUCGUACGUCACGCUGCGGGAGCAAGACGUGUACCCCGUCGUCCGCGUCUCGUCUCCGGCUUCUGGCGACCGCAGCAUCCAUCGUACCCAAAGCAGCAGUGGCCCUUCUACUUCUUCACCCCCUUCUGCCUUCACCGAGGCGUCGUCAGAGGGCAUGCUUGUGCACCUGCUGCCCACGAGGGUUGACACCAUUCCCGUGAAGUACCCCACCACGUGCGUGCUGACCGUGCAGGAGCAGGAGAGCUGGUACGAAGCGCACCCACGCGUCUCACGUCCGCCCUACCCGCUGCGCAACAUGGCGUGGCAGCUCACUUUGACGGGUCACCGCCGUGUGAGUCAGGUGACGCUCCUGUCGCUUCCCCUUUCACCGCAUCGGGUAGAAACAUCUGCGUCGUUUUUUAUGGCGCAAAUCUUCAGCAUUACCCAGCGACCCCUGCGCUGCCACCGGCUGCCUUUCUCGCUAACGAAGGAUCUAAUGCCGUGUGACGUGUCGGCGGUAGAUCGGUUGGGUGAGCAGUGGGCCCACCUUCAUCACAACGCACGCAAGAAGAACGCGUUGUUGUCCCUUGCAGCUAUUCCGUUUUCCCACAAAGCUCAUGAGGUCCCCUUCGGAUACAUUCGAUGGGCAUCGUUCUUUCAGAAAAAAUGA